GCCUCCAUUUAAACGGGACACUGGGGCUUUAAAUGGCUCCUUGAACCCUCGGGCACCCAGUUAAUAAACACCCACGUCAGCACAGUGCUGCCACUCCACUCGCUCUAACCGGGUUUCGGUCUUUAGGGCUGAGCAGGAAGUGCUUUGCCUGGACCCUGGUCGAGAAAAAGGCAGCACAGAAGGAGAAUAAACGGAAUAAAUAUUUGAAAAUGGAUAUGGUGACAGACUUGGGGGCGAGUAGACUAUACCGGGCGCCGGGUGAAUCCAGUCACCAGCAGCCUCAGAGGUGGUUCAACACGGCCGACAUCACGGUGGCUCACCAGACCAACCUGCUGAAGCAGCUGAAUCAGCAGCGACGUCAGGAGCUUUUCUGCGACUGCAGCGUGCUGGUGGAGGGUCAACUCUUCAGGGCCCAUCGUAACGUUCUGUUCGCCAGCAGCGGCUACUUCCGCAUGCUGCUGUCACAGGGGCCUCCUCGCAUGCUGCUGUCACAGGGGCCUGACGGACUGGCCGAGUCGGUCAACGCCACCUUCGACGCCUUCAGUCCCGAGACCUUCACCGUCAUCCUGGACUUCAUCUACUCGGGCCAGCUGGACCUUUCCAGUCACAACGUGAUUGAGGUGAUGUCUGCAGCCAGCUACCUGCAGAUGAACAAUGUCAUCAGCUACUGCAAGAACUUCAUCAAGUCCUCCUUGGAUAUCAGUGCAAAAGAUGAAGACAGUGACCGAUGCCUCAGCCUGUCAGAGACCUGCAGUUUCACCAGUGCAGCAGGGGAAGAGUCUUCAGAGCAGCAGCAGCAGCAGCAGCAACAGCAACAGCAGGGCUCUGUGAGUCCACCGCCUGCACUCUGGACCAGGGACAACUCCCGAUCUCAGUCUGGCUUCAUGGGGAAGGACGCGGACCAGGAGGUUUCCCUCUCAUCCAUUAAGACGAACCCAAAUAGUCCUGCCAAUGAGCUGGGGGCAGAUGUAGACGACUACCACGACCCACAUGACCCCCUCUACACCUUACCCAGAUCAGAGCGCCGGCGAAGUAGAGGGGGAACAAAGAGGAAAGCGUCCAACAGCAUCCGGGCCAACCAGCAGGAGGACUUGGAGAUCCAGGACGCGUCGACACAGAAGGCGGAGAAGGCGGAGGAGCUGUACGCAUCUUUACCACAGAUUGUUGGUGUGAUCGGACACUUUAAUAAAGAUCCCAACCCCAGCAUGCGCUUCAAAUGUCCCUUCUGUACCCACACGGUCAAAAGGAAGGCGGACCUCAAGCGGCACUUACGCUGUCACACCGGGGAAAGGCCGUACCCCUGCCAGGCCUGCAAUAAACGCUUCACUCGUUUGGAGCACCUCCGCAGCCAUUUUGAGACAAUCCAUCAGGCCAGGAAGCUGGUGUGCAGGAAGUGCAAGUGUCAGGUGACAGAGGAGACAGGACACGUGGUGUGUGAGGGCACGCGACGAUACCGCAUGUGCGCCGUGUGCAUCCAGGAAGUGGGCUGCGACAGCAUCCCGAUGGAUGGUCUGGACCCAGCCAGCGAUGAGCCGGCUCUGCUGCUGGGCGUGGACGGGGAGGAGGAAGGGGACGGCAAAAGGACCUGGAUGGUGACCGACGACGACGACGAGCUGGCUGAAGACUCCGGCGCUGACCUCAUCAUACAGCAGGUGGACGACAGUGAUGAAGAGCUGCAGUGAAACGGGAUUCAGCCCGUGUGGGUUGUGAACCCGUGGGACAGACUGUAUGGAUACAAAUAUAUCCAGUCAUGUAAAUACACAUAUUUAUGAUAAUUUCACUUGAACACAAGCUUGUUUAAUCUUGCAUUCAAUUGUCGUACGUUUUCCACAGAAUGCAUCGUAUUUGUUAAGAGUCAUGAAGAAAUUCUUUAUCAAAGGCAUGCUGGGCAGUUUCUCUUCUUCGGUUCCAAAGUUCUUCAAACUCGUACACGUUUUCAUAUGCAUGGAAAACACCUGUUGUAUUUCCUCUGACUUGGCCUUGGGAGCUGCUGUUCGGGCCAAACAAAGUGUCAGGAUGAUGAUUCAACUGUUCCCUGCUUCCUGUAGGAAAACUGACUUUCUAUCUUUCCAUGUCUUGUGGUCAAAGUACAGGAUUCUCAGUAUCACAAAGAGUACUACGUGGUAUGAAGCCAAAAAUAAUUUAUUUGUUUGUUUUUUUUUCACUUAUGACACAUUAAAAAAUAUUUUUAUACAUUGUGCAUCUGACUCAU